AUGCAAAAGGACAAGGAGUUUGUAGGAACACUGCUGGGUUUUGAUGAUUUUGUCAAUAUUCUGCUUGAAGAUAUUACACAAUUUGAGAUCACACCUCAAGGCAGAAGAAUCACAAAACUGGACCAAAUCUCAUUGAAUGGAAACAACAUAACAGUGCUUAUUCCUGGUGGUGAAGGUCCUGAAGUACGAACGGAACACUGA